AUGAUUGAUAGUAUUGGAACUAUUUCUUUUAUUAUUAUAUUAUAUUCUAUUUCUUUUAGUUUUUUUAUUUUAUAUUCUCUAUCUAUAUAUGUUUAUAUAUUAUUAUAUAUAUAUUCUUAUCAUUUAUUAUAUCUAUAUUAUCUAUAUUAUUUAUAUUAUUUAUAUUAUUUAUAUGUCUUUAUUAUAUUUAUUAUCUUUAUGUCUUAUGUCUUUAUUGUCUUUAUUGUCUUUAUUGUCUUUAUUGUCUUUAUUGUCUUUAUUGUCUUUAUUGUCUAUACUAGAUACACUCCAUACCUCCUUCACUUAUAUUAUUCUUCUCUACAUUACUUCUAUUUCUUUACUUCUAUCUUACAUGUUAUCUUUAUAUAUUUUAUAUAUGACUUGACUAUCUCUAUUCUCUAUAUUAUUAUAUUAUUAUAUGACUAUAUGACUAUAUGA